AUAACAAAUCCAAAAAUAAGCAAUAAGUGUAAUGGCACCGAUAUAAAUCAAUAAGGUGUGAGAACUUUGCAGAAAAAUCUGUUCAAGUAGGUAGAAGCCUUAUUAUCUACUAAAGGCUAAGGUCGAAUGAUGAUGAUGUCUUUGAACCCGCUACACACAGACACACACACUCACACACACACACACAGCUACAUUCCUCACCCUUUGGCUAUAACAUCCUUGCUUCGUUUAACUCCCUACAAGCUCUAUGCCCUUGUUAAUUCCUUCCGCAGUAGAAAUAUUAAAUAUUUACGUUACAGAGUUGCCUUAAUUGAAAUAGCUCAAUACUUUAAACAAGUAUGUAUAAUUUGGAGAGGUAAAGCAACGGAAACGUUAACGAUCGGAACGACGGCAAACAGAAGAAUAUCUACUCAAACGUCAGAUGAAAACAAAAUAGUUCAGUCCUCGUCUGUCCGCAGCAGGAGAAAAGGCAUCAUCAGCAAUUCUUCUUUCUCUUCUUCAACAGACUCUACUACCAAACCAGCCAAAACAGUAAGAUGGAAAGAUACUCAACCCGGUAUGUCUCCGUCUAAUCCAAUGGAUAGUUUGCCAAAAAACAAUUUAAAAAAUGGCUAUAACAACAUCAUUAAUUUUACAAAUAGAUUUUCUAAUGAUACAUUACCUUCAUCUGCAUCUGUUAAUAUGCUUUUCACUCCUGAAAACAAUAACCGAAGCUUUUUGGCCCGCACCUACCACUAUGCCAAGUAUAUCUUGAAUAGGAAAUCAAAUUACGUUUAUGCUGAUGUAUCUAAAAAUGUUCUAGAAUGUCCAAGAGUAAAAGAUGCCAUUAAUCAGGCAACUAUUGAAGAAAUGUCAGAAAAUGACUUAGAUCAUGAAGAAAUGGAACCAAUACAUCAGAAGCAUCAACAUCGAGCAGUCGAAUUACUUGAUCGUAUGAAAUCGUGCAUGUCUUCAAUAUUGUUGAAAAUUGCAAGUUGGGUCAUGUUUAAAUUAUUAUCGCGCAUGUUUAACGGACUUAACGUCAAUAAGAGACAAAUCGAAAAUUUAAAAAGAUUCAAUCAACAAAACAUUCCUAUCGUAUACAUUCCAUUGCAUCGAAGUCAUCUCGAUUACAUUCUUGUAACUUAUGUUCUGUACAUGAACGAUAUGAGAGCUCCUCUUGUCGCUGCAGGAGAUAAUCUGUUUAUUCCGUUUUUUGGAAUGCUUAUGAAAGGAUUAGGUGCAUUUUUCAUUAAAAGAAAGUUGGAUGCGCAAAAAGGAAGAAAGGAUCAUGUUUAUCGUGCAGUUUUACAAACAUAUAUGUUGGAGAAUCUCCGCUCUGGACACAGCUUAGAAUUUUUCAUAGAAGGCGGAAGAUCUAGAAGUGGAAAAUCUUGCAUGCCAAAAGCAGGAUUGCUAUCUGUUGUUGUGGAUUCUGUUUUAGAAGGUAUUACCACUGAUGCAUACAUUGUUCCUGUUGCAAUUAGCUAUGAAAAAAUUGUUGAUGGAAAUUUUGUAUCUGAACAGUUGGGAAGACCUAAAGUGAUGGAAAGUUUCACUUCAGCUGUGAAGGCAAUAUGGAGGACUCUUCAUUCAAAAUUUGGAAAAGCUCAUAUUGAAUUUUGUGAACCAUUUUCUUUGAAGGAAUUUCUACAAUCUGCCGAAAAUCUUCCUCCCCUGAAAGCCUAUCAGUAUUCUGGAGGUCGAAGAAAUUCUGUCCAAACUACGAUUCGUGAAGUCUCCAGACGCACAUCCGUGUAUGGAACUGACAUAGUUAUUGAAGAUCAACGACAAACGAUAAAAAAUUUAGCUGAACAAAUCGUAUACGAUGCUUCGAAUUCUGCCGUAAUUAUGAGUACAAAUCUGUUGGCAUUUCUUCUACUAACUAAACACAGAAAAGGUGCUACGCUUCAACAGCUUUCGCACAGUAUGAUGUGGUUACGCGAAGAAAUUGCUAAACGAAACAGAACAGUCGGAUUUUGUGAAGAUAGCUGCGAAGCAAUUAAACAUUCCUACACUUUAUUAGGCAAACAGCUACUUACUUCGGAAAUUAUUCAAAUGGAAUGGUCGUCAAACACAGCUGAAAAUAAUAAUGUAAAAAUCAUAUUUUACAAACCAGUAGUGCAGCUACCACAUAUUUUAGAGCUUCAGUAUUAUGCAAAUUCUGUUAUUUCUGCAUUUUUGUUGGAUAGUGUCAUUGUUAAUGCUUUAUCAUCAAUCUUAGAAGAGAAGAAAGCUAAUCAAUCAGAAUCCAAGUUAAUUCCUCGAUAUCAAUUGAUAAACCGAGCAUUAAUGUUAUGCGACAUUCUUCAAUAUGAAUUUAUAUUUACUCCGCCUGGCACUAAAAUACCCGAUGCGCUAAACACAGCUCUAGAUAAUCUGAUUUCCGACAAUGUUCUAAUGGUUUCAUUGGAAAGGGAAUAUCCAGUAAGAAAACUUUCGCAGUCAAGUACAAGUAAUUUGGAUUUUUCUGAUGACAGUUCAGAUGAAGAGCAGGAAUUUGAAUUCAAUCAGAAAAUUAAGUUGCAUAAGAAUGAUGAUCAACACAAAUUUCAGUUUUUCUAUUGCAUUCUUGCACCCUAUAUUGAAGCUUAUUGGCUUGCUGCAUCAUCAUUAAAAGCAUUAGUUGGUUGCGAAUUGGCAGAAUCUGCAGUUCUUCAGGAAAUGUGGAAAACUGCUAAUGACUAUCUACCUCGUGGAUUAUUGUUAUAUGAGGAAAGUUUCGCUGCCGAUCCUUUGAGAAACUCAAUCAAACUGUUUGAACAGUGGAGAAUAGUUGAAACCAUUGUUAAAGACAGCUCAAAUUAUAUUAGAGUGUGCAACGUGAAUGGAGUGCAAAGUGCAAUAGAAAGGAUUGAAACCUUUCGGAAAUAAUCUUUCGUACCAAAUGGAACAUCGAAAAAUUGUGAUCAGAGACUAUUGUGCGGAUGAGUGAGUGUGGUAUGCAAGCGCACUAUAUUCAAGAGUGUUCUUGAAAAAAGUUAACUAUUUUUUAAAUUAAUCGACAUCAUCAUUCCCCGGUACUAAAAGUAAUAGUUUUAAAAAUCUUUUUCAACAUAUUUUGAUACUUACGAGUUUAAUUACUUUAUUUCUAGUUUUUCUUCUUUUAUUUAACUAUAGUUUUAUUAUUUUGUAUCUGAAAUAUGCUUGGAUGUGAUGUGUUAAACUCUUUAUUUUGAACAAUUUAGUUAUGUAUUAUAAAACUGUGUUCAUUUUUGUGUUCUACAUUAAUUUAAUACUUCAGUAAUUUUAUAAUUUGCACAACUCUCUCAAAUAGGAUUAUUAAAAAGUCACUGUUAAGCCAAAGACAAUGAAUGUAGCAUUUAGAAAAUUGAUUUUAUGAAAACUUUGCCAGUUUCUUCUAAAUGUAUUUUGACACAAGCUUAUUUUCUUUAUGUGUAUAAACUUACAAUUGAAUAACUGAGCUUAAGAAAUAGACAAAAUACGCUACAAGAAUUAGUAUUUGAGAUACUGAAGUAUGACGUUUCCAAAAACCAUAGUGAUGCCUAACCUCUUUGUCCAGCACUAAUGUAAAUAAUUAAUAUAAUUGUACAUUGUGCCAAUUGACUCUUUAUCAUUUCUUUUAUAAAUUGUUUAUUUUGAUGGUGUGGUUAACGUGAUCAUUUUGUAUCGGUGCCAGUUGAUCAACCUCGUAACCUGAGUUUGAUACAAAGCUGAUCUGCAGCAUAACCUUUCACACAGACGGUUAAUGAAGUCAUGGUUUCAGUUAUCAUUCACAUUAUAGAUUAACAGUUAACUGUAUUGUAUUCUGUCUGAUUUUUGAGUUUUGGUGUUAAUUUCUAUGCAGUGCAAAGAUUAAUUUGUUUUAUUUUGUAUCAAUAAGGAUGAAAUAGCUUAUAUGGUUACUUAGCUGUAUUAAUUUAAACAAUGCUAACAUUUUUGUCCUGUUAACGGGCCAUCUUCGAGCAUAGACAGUAGAAAGCGGAAUUUUUGUACUUAAACUUUCAACUGUUUACACCCGAAGAGCAUUAGCAUUAUUUAAAUUCCAUCUACCAUUAAAGGUGCAUUAAUUAAUUCAGUUAUAUCAUUAAAUGUUUUCUAUAUUUUCAGACUGUAAUAUAUUUUCUUGGAUUAAUUUAUAUUAACUUUGGCUGCUAUUGUUAUAUUAGUUUUAAUAACACUAAAUCUAUAUCUAUUUUUCGUAUAGACUGCUGUUUUUACACUUACUUUUAAUCCAAUUAUCUAUUUGUUAUAGAUACAACUGUGGUCAGAUUUUUGUUUCUAUAUAACAUCUACAUAUAAUUUUAUGUACAUGUACAUUUGAAUAAGUAAAAAAGAUUGCUAAACUUGUUAGAAAAUUUAAUAUUAUACAUAAAAAUUAUUAUUUAAAAAUAUUGGUAAAAUGGUUUGAUUGUUGCCUUCUUUUAUGAGGAUACUCUGUAUGAAAUUGUAUAGAAUUCUGGCAUUGCAGAGACAGGUUUGCUUUACUGUAUUGUAUCGCGAGCAUCGCCCUUUACUAGUAGAAAUGUGUGUAUCACUGAUAAAUGUUUCAGGAGUAUACUGUAUUGCGAGCAUCCUAUACAGUAGAGCAGAUCCAUUUCUGCUGGAUGGCAGCUAAAUUUAUGAGUGUAUAUUGAAGCUUUUAAAAAUGCCACAUUUUUGAAUUAAUGUGCAAUAUUUCAUAAAAGGAUGCAAAAUAUCUUAGAUCUAAAAAGUGAAAUUUAUUAUAUACUCAAAUAAGUAUUUAUAAUGUUUAAAAUGGUAAUCAUACAGUACAUUUUAAUAUAUAUAUUAUAUGACGUAAAAUUUAAAGUACAAAUUAAACAAUAUGCAGAAAGAAAAAUAUGCCAAAAUAUCGUAUAAGAGCGGAGACAUUCUUUAACUAGUGAUUACGCCAGUUACUAAAAAGAAUGUUGUUUUGCUCAUCUUAAUCUGCAUUUAUUUCCCGUAACGAUGUGGAUAUUUUUGUAGAAACAUGCUGAGAAUGGGGGAAUUCCGAAAAGUUGUAAAUUUGUCUGUUUUUGUAUCAAAGAAUGUGUCUGAAUUUCAUUCCUGUCCAAAGCUUUUAAACAUUUUUCUCA